AUGUCUGGGUUGCUAAAUUCCAUCCAUCUCUCACUCAGCUACACUGUUUUAUAUGCUCCUAAUGAUGCUACUAUCUGGGCCGAUCUCAAAGAGCAUUUUUCUACGGCAAAUGGUCCUCGUAUUUAUGAUCUUGAAAGGCCUAUUGCAACCAUCAGGCAACAAGAUUAUUUUAUUCUACAUUAUCAUAACAUCUUAUGUGCACUAUGGGAUGACUUGACUCUGCUUGAUCCUCCACCAGUAUGCACAUGCUCAGCGCGGACUGCAUAUGCUUCUCAAAUGGAGCGGCGCCGUUUAUUCCAAUUUUUGAUGGGUUUACGCGAAACAUAUACCCAAACACGCAGCAAUCUCCUUCUCAAAACUACCAUGCCAACUGUUAAAGCAGCUUAUAGUUUACUACUCCAGGAUGAGACACAACGGACAAUUUAUCAAUCUGACUCUCCAGCAAAUUCUGUAGCUUUGCAAACUAAUGCACAUGGUAAGUCUUCUUUGUCUAGUAAUGUUCCUUGGUCCUCUGUUGUUCCACCAACAGUUGACACAUCAAUAUUGGGUAAACACCCACACCACCUUUACAAACUACUGGCCAAACUAAUGAGAUGA